AUGGCAAGAGGGAAGCGAGUGAGGGCUUCACCGAGAAGUCUCAGCGCACGAUCGCUGUAUUCAACUGUUUCUUCAUUUGAACGUGCUUCAGAGACGAAUCUGAUCUGUCACCUCGUUGCCGACAUGAAGUCGUGCAGCAACCUCACAUCCAAUCUGACUUCGCAAAAUGCAACAAACGACAUAACCGCCAUCGCUUUGAGAGCAUCUCAAAACUUCAAAAUCAUCAACACCUUAGUCGGAAUUUUUGGAUUUCUCCUAAACGGUUUUGUUGUGAUUGCAUUGCUAUUCGGUGGCAAGAAGAAUAAAGGGAGUGCCUCAAAUCAACUCAGCAGCAGUAACUUCCACGUCUGUUGCCAGUCAGCGGUGGAUUCAUUUGUGGGACUGGUCCUCUUCUUUACUACGAUCUUCGAGGACGAUGGUCAGCCGCGCUACAGCAGCGCCAACUUCGGACAUCAAAUCUUGUGUCGUUUCUGGCUAAGCAAGUGUUUCCUUUGGGCGGGAUUCUCCUGUUCAACUUACUGCGUCCUAUCUUUGAAUUUUGAGAGAUAUGUAGCGAUUGUCCAUCCGAUAUUUCACAGAACCAAAUUUUCAAGGAAUCGAAUCUAUUCGAUACUUUCUCUCUCGGUGGCGUUUUUAAUUGGUGGCGGGUUCAUGUUUUGUUACAUUCCGGCAGCUGCAACCGUCCUGCCCGACGGUCGAUGCACCACUUACUCCGUAUUCCCGAGCGAAUUCGCAAGACAAUUUAUGGGUUUCAUGACAUUUUUUGUGGAGUUUUUCACGCCCCUGAUAGUCAUAAUUGUAUUCUACACACGGAUGGUGUUGGUGCUCCACAGGAGGGUUGCACCGAAGCACGAUGCAGACGAGAAGGAAGCUGACGAUGAACAAGUGAUAGACAAUAAAGAAACAAAUGCGGAAAAAACUACAAAUAUGAAAAGCAACCAUGACGAACAAAUUUCAAACAAUAACGAAUCAAGGUCAAAAAUCGCAAUUAUUUCAAGUCCGAAUCAGUUGAUGGAUCAAACAAAACAAAAACACAAUUCAGAAAUCAACAAAAAGCCAAAAAAAGACAAACCUAAAUCAAGCAUGGAACGGGCUAGAGAUAGUGUGUUCAAAACAUCGGCCCUAAUUUCGUUGUCCUUCGUUGUUUGUUGGUCGUGGAACCAAAUCUACUACUUCAUGUUCCAGUUGGGAGUUCCUGGCUGCAACCUCACCGGACCAUUUUAUGACUUCACCGUCUUCAUGAUAUUUGUCAACUGCAUCGCUUAUCCCAUUAUUUUUUUGGUGAAAUAUGAACCAGUACAGAAAAAUGUUAAACAUUUGUUGAGCGAGAUAAAACAAAAGUUAUUGAAAAGUAAAUAA